GUAUAGCGGUCAGCUGAUAUUACCGGGAGUAACCGGGAGGGAGUCCGCGCGCCGCUGUCUACGUGACAUCACCGCGUCCGUUCUGACCGAAUCGAGAAGCGUUAUUUUGUUCGUGGUUGCAGCUUCAGCGGUUUACGGCCGACUUCAGCGACGAAAUAAUAAAACAACAAAACACUGAAAUACAACAGAGGAAGUACUAACAGAGCAAUUCGGUGCAAAGAAACUCAUUUUUUCCUUUCAAAGGUCGUCCCCUCAUCAGCAGAGUGCAGAUGAAUUACGAGCAGCCUCCCCCUUACAUGGGGCCGGGCCCCACCGCUCCAGGAUACCCCCCUCCCGCUGCUCCCGGGUACCCUCCUCAAGGAUAUCCUCCUCAGGGAUAUCCUGCACAGCCGUACCAAGGAUAUCCAGUCAAUACUGACCAGCCCAACCCUGGUUACCCAAACUACCCUCCUGGACCCCCUGGGUCAUACCCGGUCCAGCCAGGAUACCAGGGGUACCCACAACCACAGUAUGGUGGCCCAGUGUACGGGGAACCUCCUAAAAACUCUGUGUAUGUUGUGGAGCAGGGCAGGCGGGAUGAUUCUGGGGCGCAGACAUGUCUAACUGCAUGUUGGACGGCUCUAUGUUGCUGCUGUCUCUGGGACAUGUUGACCUAGAAUAAUAAGGAAACCACUAUGAGUCUCUCUUUUAUUUGUAAAGCUCUUUCACUCCACGUUUCGAUCCUUAUUUAUGUGUGACUACUGAAAAAGUAAUUAAGAAACAAAUAGAGUAAUGUUUUGGUUGUAGAUUCCAUUUCCAGUAGUCCAGCUUGGAGCACCACUUUUUAUUCCUUCAAUGAUGCACGAUACGCACUGAGAGACUGAUUACUUGCGUCGAUCUUAUUUGUGGAGGCUUAUUAAACUGAAUGUUUUUAUUAUUUGUCUUUUGAAAAUAAUAUGGAUGUCAUCUUCAUUAAUGAAUGCAAACAUUUAAAUUUAGCUUGUUUAUAGACCAGAUUUGAUAAUCAAAUAUGGCCUUGAAUGUUUGAGCUGACUUAAUAUGAGUCAAUCACAGAAAAAGUUUGUUUCUGUUAAAUAAAAUAAUGGAAAUAAGGCUUUUGUUUACUCAAAAUGUGCUUUGUGUUGUUUCUGCACUACUAACAUACACCAAAUGGAUGUCCAAAAAUAAUAAUGAUUUUCAAACAAAUUUUCUGGUUGUGUUGUGUUGAGUCAGUGUGGCCUGUUCAAGAUGGUCUGGGUGCUCAAACAAAACUAAUGUUAUGAAAACACUAUAGAGCCACAGUGUUUACACUUUUUUUUUUUUUUUUUAGGAAACCAACUUAUAGUUUCAGCAUAUUAAACUGAUAGGAGGCCAUAUUUAAAUAUUGAAAAGUGUUUUCUUUUUUACAAACGGAAACUAAAUGUAACAUUUAACAAAAAACAUUUAUCUCCUUUGCCCCUGUGAAGCAAAAAUACUACUCUGAACAUUUAAUUGCACAUAAUUUUAAACACAAUAUGAGGGAACAGACCUGAACCUUUGCCACAAAGUAUAAAACAUUCAACUUAUUAUUGGCUAAUUUAUUAUCUGCUUUUUUUCUGUCUGCAUUUUCAGCUAGAAAGUUAAUGUGAAACUGUAACUAAAUGAGAUAGGAUAGGUGGUUGUAUUUAUGUUCAUAAAUAAAGAACCUGUAUAUAUGUUGACCUCA